GGCUACCAACCGGACACCUUACGAAAUACCCUCCUCACCUUCACAUAUACUUGUGGCUUUAUGGCCUAUGCUGUGCUGCACACCCCACUUAUUUACUGCUGCACUCCACGACGUCCAUACGUAGAAAGCAUUAUAUAGAAUCCAUAUCCAUAUCACCACGACACCACCGCUUCAGGCCUUCAGCCAUAAUAAAGUCUCCACGGCACACUCCCACUGUCCCACAGGCGACGGACGGGGUGCAAAACGCACCUGGUUGCCUCUCAGCUCUGCUCUCGCCGGCCCAACCGAAGAGGAAAGAGCCCGGCCGGCCCCUCGGGUACAAGUAGUAGAACCUGCCUGCCCUGCCUUGCCCUGCGCUGCGCUCCGAUGACCGGAGGCGGGUUCGCCGCGGCGGAGGGCGGCCACGCGCGCGACGACUACGGGGGAGGCGUCACGGUCUCCGUCGUGGUCACCUGCCUCAUGGCCGCCUCCUGCGGUCUCAUCUUCGGCUACGACAUUGGCGUCUCAGGUGGCGUGACACAAAUGGAGUCGUUCCUGGCGAAGUUCUUCCCGGAAGUGUCGAGCGGGACAAAGGACGCGAAGCACGACGCAUACUGCAAAUACGACGACCAGCGGCUCACGGCGUUCACCUCGUCGCUGUACAUCGCCGCGAUGCUGUCGUCGCUGGUGGCGAGCCGCGUGACGAGGACGGUGGGCCGGCAGGCCGUGAUGCUGAUGGGCGGCGUCCUGUUCCUCCUAGGCUCCGCGAUCAACGCCGGCGCCGUCAACGUCGCCAUGCUCAUCCUCGGACGGAUGCUGCUCGGCUUCGGGGUCGGGUUCACCACGCAGGCCGCCCCUCUGUACCUCGCGGAGACAUCGCCGGCGCGGUGGCGCGGGGCGUUCACCGCGGCGUACAGCAUCUUCCAGGUGCUGGGCGCGCUGGCCGCCACCGUCACUAACUACCUGACCAACCGCGUCCCGGGGUGGGGCUGGCGCGUGUCGCUCGGCCUCGCCGCCGUCCCGGCCGCCAUCGUCGUCCUCGGCGCCCUGCUCGUCCCGGACACCCCCAGCAGCCUCGUGUUGCGCGGCGACGCCGACGGGGCCCGGGCCUCGCUGCAGCGCCUCCGUGGCCCGGGCGCGGAGACCGACGCGGAGCUCAAGGACAUCGUCCGCGCCGUGGAGCGCGCGCGGCGGGACGACGAGGGCGCGUACGGGAGGCUGUGCGCCAAGGGGUACGGCCACUACCUGGUGAUGGUGGUGGCCAUCCCUUCCUUCUUCGACCUCACCGGCGUCAUCGUCAUGGCCGUCUUCUCGCCGGUGCUGUUCCGGACGGUCGGGUUCAGCAGCCAGAAGGCGAUAUUUGGGUCCGUGAUCCUUAGCCUCGUCAACCUUGCCUCGUCAUUGCUCUCCUCCUUCGUCUUGGACCGCGCCGGCCGCAGGUUCUUGUUCAUCGUCGGUGGCGCGGCAAUGAUGAUUUGUCAGUUGGCCAUGUCGUGCAUCCUGGCGGGCCACCUCGGCAAGCAGAACGCGGUGACGAUGCCGCGGGACUACGCGGUGGCCGUGCUGGUGCUCAUGUGCCUGUACACCUUCAGCUUCGGCGUGUCGUGGGGGCCGCUCAAGUGGGUGGUGCCGAGCGAGAUCUACCCCGUGGAGAUCAGGUCGGCGGCGCAGGCGCUGACGGUGUCCAUCGCGCUCUGCCUCUCAUUCGCGCAGACGCAGGUGUUCGUCUCCCUGCUCUGCGCCAUGAAGCACGCCAUCUUCCUGUUCUACGCCGGAUGGGUCCUCGUCAUGACUGCCUUCAUCGCCGCGUUCCUGCCGGAGACCAAAGGCGUGCCGCUGGAGGCCAUGCGCGCCGUCUGGGCGGGGCACUGGUACUGGAGGAGGUUCGUCAGGGACGCCAAGCAGGAGGUUCAGGUGAACUGCAUGUAGGGAAAAGUAAAGAGUGGUAAAACUCAAGUGUUUGCUGGUAAAUUAUGAUGGUUCAGUGUGCCGUUAGCCUCGGGCUCCCUCGACACAAAAUAUCCUGUCUGCCUAGAGCGCGUGCGCGGGAGCUGGGAGGUCUCGCUUCGCCUAACUGGGCCACAACGGACUGUCGUGAGAGCCCAAUUAAAGUUUUCGGCCAGCGUAACGAUUGCAGGAUUAUCUUGGCUGUUUUUAAUAUCUUUUUCCUACUGAACACCAAGAUAUGUUCGACGUAAAGCGAACUCACUUUUUGUUUUAUUCUUAUUUUAUUACUCGAGAAUAACUUAAACGCUAUUAUGUUUUAGGACUAAGAGAAUAGAUACCCAAUAUGUUGUUGGC